CUAUACGAAGUAUUAUCGUUAUUGUCUACGUGUAUCAUUAAUAAGCAAUCAUUAGUAAGCAUAUACGAUAUACGAUGUUCAGUUUACUCAGAACCAGGAUGUUGGUUCCUACAAGACUCAUAGCCCCAACUAGAAUCCUCACUUGCCAAUUCCACUCCAGUCCUGCUGCAUACAAAUUAUUUGGCAAAAAGAAAUCUGAAACACUAAAGAAACCAGAAGAAGUCAAAGCACAAGAUCCAGAGAAGCCGAAGGUACCACGAGCCAAAUCAGUCUUUGAACUUCCUGAAUUCAAGGUCACACCAGAAAUACUCGCAAAACAACAGCAACAGCAAGAAAAGCCAAACCCAGCCUUAUAUACUACCCAUCCAAUCAUUAAAAGAGUUCCCAAAUUCUUCCGUCCCUACGUAGGAGGAUUCAUCAAUGCUCCAUACUCUCAUGUUAUUUCAUUUAUGAUACUCCACGAAAUCACCGCCAUUGUCCCCUUGUUUAUCAUUUGGUGGGCAUUCCAUCAACAACCAGAUUAUAUUCCAGAAGUAAUUCCAGAAUGGGCAAUUUCCCGAGCCACUGCUAUUAUUGAAAAUUGGCUAGGUAACUACGUCACCAUCAAUAAUUUCAGUGAUAAAGUCCAAUUCAUUCUUGAAGGUGCUUAUGCUUAUACAAUUGUUAAAGUAACUUUACCAUUACGACUUUUCGCUAGUUUUGCCUUGAUGCCAUUUGGUGCUAGACUUAUUGUUCCUAUUUUCAAUCGUUUCAGAAUCAAAAAGAUUGAUAUGUACAAAACACCUCAAGUAAAACUAGUUGAGAUGCAAGUUGAUCCAAAGGCCAAGGUCAAGAAUGUCAAGGGAAAGAAGUUGUAACUGUAUAUAAAUCUAAUAGAAUAAUGUAAACUUUUAAAAUAUGACAAUUUUUU